AUGGAAAUGUUUUCUCCAUGCUUUAUAACUGAGACUCCUCAAGUCCAAAGAGCAACACUCGAACCUUCAGUCCGAGUUGACAUUCAGAGGCGAAAGAUGCUCAGGACGAUCAAAAGAUUUUAUUACGAAUUCUUCAAGUUGCAUAACCUCAGGUUAUUCAAUAGAAGACUUAAAAGAGUCGAGUCUUCUGUGAUCCUUAGUUCGCUCUCAAAGUUCUGUGAAGUUUAUGUUAGCCAGGCCCAUGCAGAAGACAUGGCUCAGUUUAUGUUCAGAUUUCUCAAACUCAACUGAGCAGACAAUUUUGUGUCUGAUUCUGAAGCUUCAAUGGCUGGCCAGAAAGUGUAUGACUGCACUUACAACUACAGCAUCAACAAGUUCGACUCUUUGUUUGAGUCAGAGCACUUCAGGAUACUCAUACUAUCAUAUUCUGAGCUGCAGCAGUUAAGAACACCAAACCUCCAAGAAAUGAAGUCUCAGCGAAAAUGGGUAAACCAAGUAUAUGCAGGAGACGGAGAAUUCAGCAGAAUCAUCUCUCGAUACUUGCAUAUGAACCCAGAGAGUAAGACAGCUGAGCAUUUGAUGGAAACACGGUAUAGAUGCAAGACUUACUAG